CGCCAUCUUUAAACGUCUGUAGCUGGAUGGUACGCUUGUACUGAGAGUGACAUGUAUCAUAUGCGGCGCCGUCACGUUGGGGUGUGAUGUUGAUGGACCCGUCUGAGCACACGGCUGGAGACACCAUGGUUCUCGGGACGGAUCACUCGGAGCUGCUGCACCCCUCUUCUCCUGCCGAGGCUCGCGGCCCCUGCCCCGCGGGAGUCGCUCCGGUUACCAAGGAGCCGUGUGAGCCGGACACGCCGGUCACGGCCAGCGAGCAGCGCGGUUACUCAUCUGAGUUAAACUGCAAAGAUGCCUUCGAUAAAGAGAUGCCUCCCGACGCUCUUCAGACGCCCACCCCGAAGAGGAGACGAGGAAGACCCCCGAAGCACAAGAACAACAACCUGCCGGCCUCCCCCGCCCUUCCCGUGUCUGUGCCAGGACCCCCAUCCCCUGGUCUGCCGGCCGCACCAGAGAGCGACCCUCCCGCAGCCGGCCUGCUGACCCCGACAGCCAAAGUGCCAAAGAAACGGGGGCGCAAGUCCAAAGCCGAGCUUCUCCUGCUGCGUCUGGCCCAGGAGCCCGAGAGCCCCGGCAUCCAGAGAGAGCACGCCGGAGAAAGCGAGGAGCCGGCAGCCACGCCGAGCGGGCGUCCCCGGAGACGCGCGGCCGUAACAGCUCUGAAGUAUCUUCACGACAUGGAGGAGGAGUGGUCGGCGGCCGUGGCCUCGUCAGCUAACAAACCCGCCGGCGCAGAACACAACAUCCCGGAGGAGCCGGUGAAGAAGAGGCGCAGGAAGAAGGCAGACGACGCCGACGAGGACUUCGUGGUCUCCGAGGAUCUGCUGGUGGCGGCUGAGCAUGAAGAGGAUGAAACCGAGCAGCUGAGUGAGGCGUCUGACACUGAGCUGAGUGCAGGCAGGAAGAAGUGCGCGUACAUCCCCCGCGAGAGGAGCAGCCCAGUGCUGAGAGGAACCGCAGAGAACGGCUUCCAAAGACCCAUCAUGGGGCCCGUCUGGAAAGCCACCGAGAUCACAGCGGAAUUCCGAGACGCCAGCCAUUCGCACUGGGAGUUUCCGGAGUGGAUCCCGAGCGCCGCGGACUGGCACUUCCUGACCGCCAGUGAAGCUGAGGAAUUCCUCCCCGCUCUGACUACCUCGCCGCCAUUUAGCGUCCGAAGGGAAGGGAUAAAGGAGGAGGGAGCCGCCUGCUCGCUCGGAAGGUUCCGGUCUCUCCCUCCUCACCCCGAGCGCUGGGACAUGACGUUCUUCGUGGGGGGUCCGGUGUGGUCCAUGGAGUGGUGUCCGACCGUGGGGGGCAGCGGGUCCUGUCAGUACCUGGCGCUGUACAGUCACAGAGGGAUGGAUGACCGGAACCGCCUGGACGUCGUCAAAUCCGGACCCGUCUUACUGCAACUGUGGAGCCUGGGGGCGCUGGACAUGGAGAAGGGCUCUGGCGCCGGCGCCGCGUUCUCCUACGGUCUGGCUUUGGAUCACGGCUGUAUCUGGGACAUGAAGUUCUGCCCCAGUGGGGCGUGGGAGCUCCCCGCUACCCCGAGAAAGAGCCCCCAGAUGGCGCGUUUGGGGCUCCUGGCUGCAGCUUUCUCCAGCGGCUUCAUUGAAAUUUACAGCCUUCCCCAUCCGGAGGCUCUGGCGGGGCAUCGGGAAACGCAGGUAAAAGGUGGAGACGCCGCGGAUUACACCGUAUGCAAGGUGGACGGCGUCGUGCGGCUGCAGGUCGGCUCCAUAAAGUCCUGCGCUCAGGGAGAGAACGGGCAGAGCUUCUCCGUGGCCUGGCUGCCCGCCAAGCCCCACCACUACCUGGCCGCCGGCUUUUACGACGGCACCGUCUCCAUCUGGGACCUGAAGACGAGGUCCGUCCUGCAGCGGGUCCGCCAGGGCCGCGUGAUAAAGCAGUAUCCCUUCCUCAGCUUCCUGGCGCAUGACCACGCCGUGCGGAGCAUAGAGUGGUGCAAAGCGGACAGUAACUUCCUGGUGACGGCCGGCAGCGACCGGCGCCUCAAGUUCUGGGACCUGCGCCGGCUGCACGAGCCCACGAACAACAUGAAGCGCUUCCAGACCACGGAGAUCACGUGGCUGCUGCCGUACAGCGGGGUGGCCGUGGCGCAGGACAACUGCUACGCCUCGCAUGGGCUGUGUGGCAUUCAUUACGUGGACUCCGGCUUCCUGGGCUACAAGCCGUACUUCGUGACGCCGCGGAAGGGGACCGUGUGGAGUAUCUCUGGCUCGGAUUGGCUGAGCUCCAUCGCCGCCGGCGACGUGAACGGAGAGGUGAUCGUCAUCGUGCUGCCCAACCUCAACGUCUCCUCCAUAAACACCAAGCGCCCCGGGGACCGCAGAUUUCCUGUAUACAAAGCGGAUUUCCAGCCUCAUGCCCCGCAGUUAUCCGAUGGCGAGCGGCCCCCCGGACCCCUGGAGCAGAGCGGCGAGUGGGAACAUUUCAAGCCCAAGUCGUAUCGCGCCGCUGAGGGCCGAUUCAGCCUCCUCUUCCGAGACAUGGACCUGAGAGGCUUCCAGCGUCUGACGAGCCGGGAGCCGGUGAAGCGGAUGCACGAGAAUGAGAUUAAAGGGGACAUGAACAUGGAGCGUGCGCAGCUCGAAGCCGUACACAAGGUUCGUUUCAGCCCCAACCUGGACUCGUGCGCCUGGGUGGCCUCCGCCGGCCACUGUGGACUGGUCCGCGUUCACUGCGUCCGAGGCCUGGUGGCGGAGGUGGGCUGGAGGGUAAUCCACGAGAAGAGGGCGCAGUUCAGCGGCGCCCCGGAGGAGGUGGCCGCCGUGCGGGAGUCUGAAUACAGCCCCGAGGUGCAGCACUGCGUGGUGGAGAUGGAGUGACCACCGGGAACGUCGUGCUCAGUUUUCCCCCCCCCGCCGCCGUACGGGCCGCUCAUCGCCGGCAGCACAGA